AUGCGACUGCUGACCCAUAAUAUGCUCGUGUGCCACGUCAAGGCAUGCGCUGACACGGCUGGACGCGUGACGGACGGCCGUCCACUGAAUUUUCCACUGAGUAUUGCACCGGAGAUGGACGGCGUCGUGGUGCUGGAGACGCAGUACAGCAAGAAGUUCAUGCUGCACAUUAUGCGAUCGAUCGACUACUCGGCUCUGUGCUACACCACAAAGGAGUUGAACCAUCCGGACGUCCCGAUCUUGCCAGAGCAGAUUUCCAUCGAUGACUUAGCAGAGCAAGAAGACCUGCUGAAGCUGAUCCAUCGCGUCCUCUUUGACACGAAUAUCGUAGAGGGCGAGCUGCUGUGUCGAAACUGCGGACGUAGCUACCCCGUGUCUAAUGCUGUGCCCAAUAUGCUGCUCGAAGAAGACGAAUUGUGA